UCCAUGUUGAGAAGGCGCAGAACCGGCACAGGUGAAACUAGAGAAGCACCGCCAGAAGUAAGUGGUGCCUGGCCAUUGAUUGGGCAUCUUCACCUUCUAAGUGGGUCAAAAGCACCUCACAUCACGUUGGGAAACAUGGCAGACAAAUAUGGACCCAUCUUCACCUUGCGCCUUGGUGUUCACAGAAACCUUAUUGUGAGCAAUUGGGAAAUGGCCCAACAGUGUUUUACCGUUAACGACAAAGCGUUUGCUAACCGUCCUAAAACUUUAGCCUUUGAAGUAUUGGGCUACAACUUUUCCAUGGUGGGGUUCAGCCCCUACUGUUCUUAUUGGCGUCACAUACGAAAGAUUCUCACGCAGGAGCUCCUCUCCACGCAAAGGGUUGACGAGCUCAAGCACGUGAUGGAAUCAGAGCUGAAGGUAACUAUGAAAGAAAAUUACGAUAUUUGGCAAAAGAGGAAAAUUAAUGGUUCCGAAAAAGCAACAACUGAGAUGAAGAGAUGGUUCGGGGACAUAACGUUAAACAUCGUGUUCAGAGCGAUGGUAGGAAAACGUUUUGUUGGUGAAAAUGAUAGUGAGAACGAACGGAUCCAAAAGAUACUGAAUGACUACAUUCAUCUGGCUGGGUCAUUCACCGUGUCUGAUGCCUUGCCAUAUUUGAGAUGGUUGGAUUUGGAUGGAGAAGAACAGAAAAUGAAGAAGACGAUAAAAGAGUUAGAUGGGUUGGCUCAAGUUUGGCUGGAACAACACAAAAGCAACAGGAAAAGUGAUUCGGGUAACGGGGAUUUCAUGGACGUGCUUCUUAGGCUUGUUGAGGAGGGUGAAGAGUUUGAAGGUCGUGACGCCGACAUCACAAUCAAAGCGACAGUCCUGGGCUUAAUAUUGGCUGCGACAGACACUAGUACGGGAACAUUGACUUGGGCUCUGGCGUUACUCGUGAACAACCCUGAAAUCUUAAACAAGGCAACUGAAGAAUUGGACAGAGAAAUUGGAAUGGGGAAAAUGGUAGAUAUAUCAGAUUUGAAGAAGUUAGAGUACAUGCAGUGUAUCAUAACGGAAAGCCUGCGUUUGUAUCCACCUGCACCCCUUAAUUUGAUACACGAGUCCAUGGAAGAGUGCAGCGUGGGUGGAUAUCACGUGGCAAAAGGCACACGUCUGUUGACUAAUAUUUCAAAACUUCAACGAGAUCCCUUCAUAUAUCCUCAUCCAUCGGAGUUUCGUCCAGAGAGAUUCUUAACAACACACAAGGACGUCGACAUGAAGGGUCAACAUUUUGAACUCAUUCCAUUUGGUGCCGGUAGAAGAAUGUGUCCUGGUUUGUAUUUCGGUUUUCAGGUAAUGCAGUUAACACUUGCAACUCUGUUGCAUGUAUUUCACAUCGCAACUCCUGAUGGAAAACCUGUCGACAUGCUCGAACGAGUUGGACUAACCAACAUCAAGGCUUCUCCUCUUCAACUCAUUCUUACACCACGUCUCUCCUCCCAUAUUUAUCAUCAAAUUUAAAA